CGUUUUGGAUUUGCUAUGUGUGGGAACAAAAUAGUGAAAUCCACAGAGCGCGCGUGAUUUUUUCCAUGGCCACUCUCAUUCUCAACACUUCCACUCCCUCCCAAUUCACCUUCCAACCUAAUACAAUUCCAAACCCUAAUUUCAUUUCUCUCAAUCUCAAUUUCAACAAACGCUCAUCACGUUCCACCUCUUCCCUUCGCGCAACACACCAAGAUUCCAACCCUCAAAAUCCACAAGAUGCCGAGGUCGACAAUUUGGGAGUUAAAGCUGCUCUUUCCAUCUUGAGAUUCUACAAAAGAGAACUUAUGGAGUUGGUUAAGCUGAAAACACAGCUUAUGCAUAUUUCAUAAGCUGUUUCUAUAAGUUCUGAGAAAUGGGUGUGUACCUGAAUGAACAGUAAACCAUCUGGGUAACUGAGUAUCCGUUUCUGUUAGCCUUUGAUGUGACAAUUAACUGUCUAACCAUCUUUCAGAUGCUAGAUGAGGGUGUUUGCUUGACAGAUACAUUUCAUAAGGUUAUUAGGUCUGAGACCUACGUUAGCAUUUGGUACUGGGCCAAGAUUAUCUCGAAGAAAAAGUAAAACAAGAAAAAAGACAAAAGUUGUUUUGUUCGAAUCGGAUGUCAAAAGUUAGCUUCACUAUAGCGGGCCCUUUUAGGAAUUUGAGUCAUUGUAUCAUCAUUAUGUGUUGAUUUUGUUCAUGUAUAUGUA